AUGUUAGUCGAUAGAGAAGGGCUGUGGUAUCAGGUUUUAGUCGCUCGUUAUGGCGAAGUAGGUGGGAGGUUGGAGGUGGGGGGCCGGAGUGUUUCUUUGUGGUGGCGGGAGGUAGGUAGGAUUCGUGAUGGCGUCGGUGACACAGGUGGAGGUUGGUUCGGUGAUAGUGUUAGACGGAGGGUGGGAGAUGGUACGUCGAAGUUGUUCUGGUCGCAUAGGUGGAUUGGAGGUACUCCUCUUUGCGUGCGGUUUCCCCGCUUGUUUGACUUAGCAGAGAAUAAAACCAUUACGGUGGCCUCUUUGUUCUCUUCGGGUACGGAGCAGGAUGGGGAGGGGUGGAGUUGGAGGCGUAGACUGUGGGCUUGGGAGGAGCUUUUACUAGAGGAGUGUAGGGCGUUACUAUUUGAUAUCUCUUUGAUUCCUAAUGUUUCAGAUGUUUGGGAGUGGCUUCCAGAUAAUGCAGAGGGGUACUCUGUGAGAGGUGCCUAUGAUUUGUUGACGAUUGGGGAUGAUUCUCAUAUGGGUUUACCUUUUGAGUUGGUGUGGCAUCCUCAGGUUCCUUUGAAGGUUUCAGUUUUUGCGUGGCGGCUUAUCCGGGAUCGAUUACCUACGAAAGCUAAUCUGGCGAUUCGUGGUGUUGUCCCCGCGGAUGAUAUCUUCUGUGUUUCUGGUUGUGGUCACGUGGAGACAGCUGCUCAUUUAUUUUUAUCUUGUACUACUUUUGCAUCUUUGUGGCAGCAGGUGCGCGAUUGGAUUGGUUUUUUAGGAGUGGACUCUAACAUCAUUACAGAUCAUCUGGUGCAGUUUACUCAUUUGGCAGGUGUUGGUAAAGCAAAAAGAUCGUUCUUGCAGCUUAUUUGGCUGUUGUGUGCUUGGGUUUUGUGGAAUGAACAGAUUGGUGGUCAGAUCCUUUUGCUUGUUUGGGUUUGA